AUGCCUCACCCAGACAUCACCCUCUACACAGCCCAAACCCCCAACGGGAUCAAGAUCUCUAUCGCAUUGGAGGAGCUUGGCCUUCCCUACAAGGUCAAGAAUCUUGAUUUCUCCAAGAAUGAACAGAAGGAAGACUGGUUCCUCGAAAUCAACCCCAAUGGUCGCAUUCCGGCCCUGACCGAUGAGUUCACCGAUGGCCAAAAGAUUCACCUAUUUGAAUCUGGCGGCAUCUUAGAAUACCUCGUGGAACAAUAUGACACCGAUUACAAGAUCUCUUUCCCCAAGGGCACCCGUGAGCACUAUCAAAUGACAAACUGGCUCUACUUCCAAAAUGCGGGUGUGGGUCCCAUGCAAGGCCAAGCCAACCACUUUACAAGAUACGCACCGGAGCGAAUUGAAUAUGGUGUCAACCGAUACGUCAAUGAGACUCGCCGACUCUACGGUGUACUUGAUAAACACCUUGCUCAGUCCAAGUCUGGAUAUUUGGUUGGCGACCACAUUUCCAUCGCUGAUAUCUCACACUGGGGAUGGGUUGCCGCUGCAGGAUGGCCUGGUAUUGACAUUGAUGAAUUUCCUAACUUGAAGGCGUGGGAGGAGCGUAUGGCGCAGCGCGAGGGAGUUGAAAAGGGCCGUCAUGUUCCUUCUCCGCAUACCAUUAAAGAACUCAUUAAGGACAAGGAGGCCCAGGAGAAAUACGCAGCUGAGAGCCGAGCAUGGGUUCAGCAGGGAAUGAAGGAUGACGCAAAGAGCAAGGUCUAA